AUGACGCUCCGACCAGUUGAAGCACAUUCAGGCGCCGUCUUCACGAAGACUAUUCAUAAUGAUACAUAUCCGUUCAUUGAUCCUACCAAGUCUUCCUCCGCCCAUAAAUCUCACUCUGUCUUCAUCACGGGCGCCUCUAAGGGCAUAGGACGACGGAUCGCCCUCGCAUUCGCUCAAUCUGGGGCCUCCAAGAUCGCACUCGGAGCCCGCUCCUCACUCGACUCUCUGGAGUCUGAGAUCCUCGAUGCUACCGCAAAGGCACGUCUUCCUGCCCCCCAAGUACUGAAGUUACGCCUCGACGUCUCCGACAAGGAAAGCGUAACAGGGGCUGCGCUGGAGAUAGAGAAGGCUUUCGGGGAGGGCGGAUUGGAUAUACUAGUGAAUAAUGCAGGGUACCUAGAGACGAACAAGCCGAUCGGGGAAGCCGAUGUAGACGAGUGGUGGUAUGGGUGGGAGGUGAAUAUCAAGGGACUGUUCCUUGUGACUCACGCGUUGUUGCCUUUCGUGCUGAAGAGCAAGGAGAAGACGGUCGUUAAUGUCAGUUCGAAUGGGGCGCAUUGGAUGGUACCUGGGUGCUCGGGAUACCAGACCGCCAAACUGGCUAUUCUGCGGUUGACUGAAUUCAUGACCUUGGAUCACGGGGCCCAAGGCUUGUUGACGUACGCCGUUCACCCUGGCGUUGUACCGACCGAGAUGGGUGGUCAUUUACCUCCAGCUGCGCUGCCCUUUCUUAUCGAUACACCUGAGCUGGGGGGAGAUACCAUCGCCUUUCUCACCCGCGAGAGGAGGGAAUGGUUGGCUGAUCGUUAUGUUAGUUGUACCUGGGAUAUGGAGGAGUUCUUAUCGAAGAAAGACGAGAUCGUGAACGGUGAUAAGUUGAAGACAUUGGAGCUAGGGUGCUUUGCCGUCAAUCAUCACCCGACAUAA